GGCGGAACUGCGGUAGCUUCCGGCCGGCCAGGCGCACUGGCGGUUGAGGUGCUCCGACGCGGUCGCGCGUGCGGUGGGGGCGUGUCGGUGGGACGUCGCGGGGCCGGAGCUCACUGAGCCGGCCGGAGCGAGCACGCCUUCACCCCGUAUAGAACCCUGCACUGCCCGACUCCCCGGGAUUUAUUUCUCUUCCCGAGGUAGCCAUGGAUGCUUCGACUCCUUUGCCUCCCGCAUCCUCAUCUCCGAGAUGCAACCCAGCCCCACAGACAAUCCACAUUGAGUUCCCUCAUCAUAGCUCUUCGCUGCUGGAAUCCCUGAACCGCCACAGGCUGGAGGGAAAGUUCUGUGAUGUGUCCCUCCUGGUUCAGGGCAGGGAACUUAGGGCUCACAAAGCAGUGUUGGCUGCUGCCUCUCCUUACUUCCAUGACAAGCUGCUUUUGGGGGAUGCGCCCCGACUGACUUUACCGAAUGUCAUCGAGGCCGAUGCGUUCGAGGGACUGCUUCAGCUCAUUUAUUCAGGAAGCCUCCACCUGCCGCUGGAUGCCCUCCCUGCCCAUCUCCUUGUAGCCAGCGGCCUUCAGAUGUGGCAAGUGGUAGAUCGGUGCUCAGAGAUUCUUCGAGAACUAGAAACGUCUGGUGGGAUUUCAGCCGGUGGAAGAGCCUCCAGCCUCACACUUAUUUCCACAACAUCUUCAGGAGGCUGGUGCAUUCGCUCUUCCCCUUUCCAGAACCCAGUACGCUCCUCUGCUUCUACAGAGAAUUCUGUUCUCCCUGAGAGCCCCGCUGGAGGGGAGGGGAGUGAACUAGAAGGAAUGUUACAGAUUCAGGUGAAAGUAGAGGAGGAAGAGGAGCAGGGGUCAGCAGCUCCACUCUUUCAGACUCCUCAGCCGGAGAGAGUGUCGGGAGGGGUUUCCCAAGCUUGUGGAUCCCACCCAUUGCCUACACCUGCUCUUCCCAGCAAGCCUUCAGAGGAUGAGAGCUCAACAGUAGAUCCUCCUGCCCCUCCUGUACAAGCUUCCCAAAUCUUAUAUGUGAAUCAGGAAAACGUUGAGUGUAAGGAGGAGAUAGCAAGAGGCACAAAGGAAAAGACCAAAGUACUAUCUGGAGAGGACUCUGAGGAGAAGGAGGAGCUGAGAUACUUGCUGUCCUCAGGAGGAGGGGAAUCGUCUGGGGCAGGAGAUCCAUCGUGGAAACCAGUGGAUCUUCAUGGGAAUGAAAUCCUGUCAGGGGAUGGAGGACCUGGAGGAACAGGGCAGGCUAUGCAUGGGCCUGUGAAGCUAGGAGGGACACCCCCUGCAGAUGGGAAGUGCUUUGCUUGCUUGUGUGGAAAACGGUUUGCAGUAAAGCCGAAACGAGACCGACACAUCAUGUUGACGUUCAGCCUUCGCCCUUUUGGAUGUGGCAUCUGUAAUAAACGUUUCAAGUUGAAGCAUCAUCUAACAGAGCACAUGAAGACCCAUGCGAGAGCUCUGCAUGCGUGUCCCCAUUGUGGCCGUCGAUUCCGUGUCCAGGCCUUCUUCCUUCGCCACCGGGACUUAUGCAAGGGCCAGGGCUGGCCCACUUACCACUGGACUUACAAAUGACUACUGGUGCUCUCUAGUGAUUUCUAGGACAAGAUAGCCCCUGCUGCUGCUGGACUCUUACCUUCACCACCUCAGUCCUGGAUUGUAUAAUCAUUCCAAGAGAUUAUAUAUAUUGUCAUGAACCCCUUACUCUUGGGUAUGGGUCUCACCCUGGUAGUCCAGGUUUAGACAGACUUUAGAAAAUCAUGCUUCUGGUCACUUAACCUAAAUGGCCCUUUUUGUAUUGAUAGCCAGUGAAGGAACUGCUGAGCUCAGAUUAAUGAGAGAGGAGUUGGGGCAUAGUCACCCAGUAACUCUUAACUUCAUCUUCAUGGGGGGGAGAGGGAGCUGGUCUCCAACUAGGAAUGCAUUUGAUUCAGAGCUCAAGUAAUUGCCAGACUAAGGUCUGAGCGGCUUCUCCCUCCCUGUUAGCAGUAUUCUGUUUCUGUACUUUCUGUCAUUUUCCAGAUGCUUUUUAGGUUCUCACCAGUAUACACCUUUCCCAAAUAUCCUUUUAAAAAUACUUGAGUGGGGCUGGAGAGAUGGCUCAGUUAUUAAAAGCACUCUGCUCUUCUAGAAGUCCUGAGUUCAAUUCCCAGCAACCACAUGGUGGCUCACAACCAUCUAAAAUGGAUCUGAUGCCCUCUUCUGGCAUGCAGGCAUACAUGCAGACAGAGCAUUCAUACAUUUAAGAAAAAUGUAUUUGAACAUGCAACAAGUGUGGUGCACACAUUUAAUUACAACACAGAGGAGGCAGAGGCAGGUGGAUCUCUUCUAAGUUCAAGGCCAGCCAGGGCUACACAUGGUGAGACCCUAUCUUUAGGGGUAAAAAUAGUACUUGAGCACUUUAGCAAACUGAGCAUUUCAUAUUCUAUUCUGAAAGUCCAUAGUAGAGUGUAUUCCCUCAGCAGCCUUCACCUUGUCCGCCUUUCACUACCACUGAUAACUUGCUUAUGAUCACAAUGACAGAUAUGACCCACGAACUCAGGAGAUGGCAGGUGACCUACAAAGCUCUCAGGGUGGCAUUUGCUCUCUGAGCAGAUCGCCCUGCUUAGAGGAACUCAGGGUUGAAACCACACGUGGUGAAGUCUGCAGAGGAGCUACAAUGGGACCGUACUGCUUUCUUCACCCACACUUGGUAGAGGUAGAGGGGUAGAUAGUAGAAUGGAGGUGAAGGGAAAUUUAAGGUUGUUAAUAAACUCUGCCCUGAAAUCUAAACUGA